CUGAAUGAAUAAUUUUCUCAUUAAAGAAUAAAAUCUUUUGACAGUUUUUCUAACAAACUGUUUCUUGUAUCUUUUUUCUUGAAGUUUUCAGUGUUUCAUAUAUUUCAUCUCUUUACUCAUCAUUCUAUCAGCAGCUCGUUGCAGCUCAGUUUAAACCAUGUUUCCUGCAGACUGAUGGGGAAGAGUCAGUUGAAAUGAUCCAGCUGCCUGCAGACCACUGAUUUACAGACUUUUAAAGGACUURGUGUUGUUUGUCUGCAGCCUGAACCAAGUGAAGAACAGCUACAGAUCUGUGAGUCAGUCUGUGGGUUUGUGAGCGCGGGGGCGCGUGGAGCAAACUGUGGCUCAGCUGCUCUCCGCACAGACUGGGGGGUCCAGAUCCAGAUCCAGCUCCGCCUCAGAACUCCGGACUCGUGCAGCAGGAGGUGUUGCAGUCCUCCUGCAGGACGCACUGCCGCGCGCUGACUGCAGCAUCCAGAUACCCCCCACCCCGUCCCACCGCUGAUGAUGCUGCUGCUGCUGAUGCUGCUGCAGCUGAUGAUGAUGAUGAUGAUGAUGAUGAUGAUGAUGAUGAUGAUGAAGAUGGUGGUGGGCAUCCCUCCUGCUACAGCAGAGACUCCGCGCUGAGCUUCUCUUCUCUGCUGGAGAAUCAAAGUUGUCACAAUGGAGACUUCCGGCGGUGAAGCUGUGGACUCUUUGGACAGAAGUGAGGACAGAGACGUCUUCUUUGAUCUGGAUCAUCUCCCGCCACUGCUGGAGGAUGAGGAGAACGUGUCCCUGGCAGACAUCUUGUCUUUGCGGGACAGCUGUCUGUGUGAGGAGGAGGUGUGGGCUGUGUGUGCUGAGUGUGUCCUGGCUCUGCAGAGCAUCAGACCCUCACAUCUCUUCUACACCCUGUGUAUCACCCCCGACACGCUGGCCUUCAACGCACACGGCAACAUUUGCUUCAUGGAGCAGCUCAGCGGGCCACAUCUACUCUCUGGGCUCGACGCUUUCCGCUGCGCUGAACUUUGUCAUGGAGCCGGAGCUGGAGGCGGAGCUGGGAGAGGAGAUCCAGAAGCUGCUGCAUCAGAUGCAGGAGGAGCAGCCUGAGGACCGGCCGCUCCUGGAGGACAUCCUGUCCCUGGCUGAAGCUCAGCUGCUCCACAGCUCGUCUGCAGCCGUGUGUCGGAAGCUGUCGGCUGUCGGACGACGUGUUCUCUCCAUCGAGUCCGUCUCAAACCUCCAAGACGGGCAGGAAGGCUCCUGGGAGGCCAGAUGGCAGCACUCCAAACCCAAAUGUCUUCUGAGAAGACUGAGCUCAGACGAUCAGACCAAAGACCCCGCCCACACCUUGGUGGCCAACACUUUGUCCAGGCAGCAGCCUAUUUAUGUCUGGACACAGUGUACGUGAACUGUGAAGGAGAGGUGCUUUUUCUGAAACCUAAAAACAUCGAAACCCAGGAUGACUUUUAUCUUGCUCCUGAAUAUCAGGAACACGGGAUCAUAACUGAGAAGGCCUGCGUGUACGGAGUGGCUGCUGUUCUCUGGGCCACGGCCAAGUUCACGUUAUCACCCAGCCAAAAGCUGGCGCUGCCUCGCAGAAUGAAGAGGAUGCUGCUGGAGAUGGCGAAGAGGACGCCGAUGGAGAGGCCCACCAUCGUCAUGGCUAAGAAAAGCUGCCUCUACAACCUUUCACGUCAGGGGAUGAGUGCUGAGAGCGUCUGGGGGAGCCUGAUCAGCAGAGUUCACCCAUCAGUCUUUAAAUCCAGUGAUGCUGAAGAUGUGAGCACGACAGAAACUGAUCCCAGCUCCUGUGAAGAACCUGCUCCCAGCAGUGGCUUUGUUCCCACGGCCACUGAGAGCCGACUGGCUCCUGUUGCUGGCCCUGUUCCCCACAGCUAUCCAGUCAGUCCAGAGCCCGAGCUGCCGGAGGCCUUCAGGUCCAGCGCCACACACUUCACCCCCAUCAUCCUGACGGGGGAGGCAGACGUAGAGCAGGAGGACAGCCGGCGUGGAGGAGCUGCCUCUGAAGGGACYGCAGGUGGAGUCAACAGAACCAGUGAUCCUUCACGUGCUGCUCGACCCGCUUCACACUCCCAUCAUCUGACCCACUGUCAGACCACCAGAACCACACAAUCUGAUAUGUCCCAGCUGGAAGUCUCCUUUCUUCAGCCAGUACCUGCUAAUGUCAGUGUUUUUAAUAAUUACCUCUUUCAGCAGAGUCCCACCACAGGACGCCUGUCUUUAGUGCCUGUCCAGAUCAGGGCCCCCAGGUCUCUGCUUGGCUUGGACAUAAACCCCUCUUUGGUCCCACAGCCUCUGCAGGAACUGAUCUCAAGUCCAGAGAGCAGCAAGGGUCUGUUUGUUGACUGUGUUUCUGUGACACUCAGAGCCGAGGGACAGAACCAGGACAGCUUUCCUCAGAGCUCUGAGUCCAGAGUCCACAACGGACCACAACAGAUCAUCCACAACUCUGUUCCCUACAAAGGCCUCAAUGGAUCAACCCAAAGUAAGGACUCCUCUGUCCCCCACAAAGUCCACAGUGGAUCGACCCAAAGUCAGGACC